AAGUCAGCUGAAAAAUGGCUGCUGGCAGAAAUGACUUUCUGCCUCCUGAUGAUUGGUAGUGGGACCUUCAGGAAAGCCCCUUUUGCAGAUUGGGGUGGGGGAAUGUUUGCCCUUUUAAUAAGAAAAUAGCUGAUAGUCUUGUGGUUAUAAUGCAGCAUACCUAUUUUAAAAUACUUUUUUUUAGAACCUACUGCCCUUCUUUUUCCCACCCUGUUGAAACAGCCAGUGGUUCUCUGUACUCUGGGGGAGGAGUGUUUCCAUUGAGGAACUGUUUUAUUUUAUAACUUUUUUUUAUUUUUCAAUUUUUUUACGAGGUAGUUGUAACUAUUUGUGUUUUCAGCUGUGGUAAAGCCCUGUCUCUUCACUCUAGACUCCUUCCUCUGGAAAAUGUCUCUGUGAACAGCAAAGAGGAAUAUGAAGAAGCUCUGAAGAUUGCAGUUAAACAAGGGAAUCAGCUUCAGAUGAAUGCCUAUGAAAAGAACUCUUCUCGUGCUUUGCAACUACAUGAAAAAAAUGUGACAGAAAAGCUGGUGCUUCUUCAAGAUGAGAAGAAGCCACUUCUGCAUCAUUCCAUGCUAGCUCAGGGAUUAGAGGAAGAAUUAAAAAACAACAAGGAGCUGACCAUUCAGAAAAAUUUAAAUCAGACCAGAGCAGAAAGCACAAAUGAAAAUCCUCCAGAAUGGUUUACUAGCUACUUGGAAACAUUCAGGGAACAAGUAGUUAAGGAGACUGUGGAGAGGCUGGAGCAGAAGCUGUAUGAGAAGCUUGUUAAUUGCAGUCAGCCUGCAGAUUUUUGUGAGAGCUCAUUUCCAGCAGCACCUGCACCUUCGGAGAGCCCCUUGGGGAGCGGCAGCCAGUGUGACUGGCUCAUGUCCUGCUGCAGCUGCCAGGCGCGCAUCGUCGGGGUGCGCUACCAGUGCAGCCUUUGUCCAGCCUACAAUAUCUGUGAAGAGUGUGAGGCAGGAACGUAUGCACAUGAUCCAAACCACGUGCUGUUAAAGCUGCGCAGACCCAUCCCCUGUGUCGCUGACAAUUACAGCCUGGCAGAGCUCUCCCCACGCCUGCCUGCCACUCUGGAGCAAGUCAGGCUCCAGAAGCAGAUGGACAAAAGAUUUCUGAAGGCAGAGAAGCAAAGAUUGCGAGCAGAAAAGAAACAGCGAAAAGCAGAGGUCCGAGAGCUCAAAAAGCAGCUAAAAUUGCACAGGAAAAUUCAUCUGUGGAACUCUAUCCAUGUAUUGGAAACAAAUGGCUCACCUCCUCUGAAAUCUGAGAGUGUCCAGCCUAAUACCUUCCUGAGUCCUAAUCAACCCUUCCAAGCAAUUGUCCCAACACUAAGUGCAGUAUUUGUGGAUGAGAAUUUGCCUGAUGGUACUCACUUGAAACCAGGAACAAAGUUUAUCAAACACUGGCGAAUGAAAAAUACUGGCAAUGUGGAAUGGAGCUCAGACACCAAGUUGAAACUCAUGUGGGGUAAUCUGACCUUGGCAUCUGCUGAGAAAAAAGAUGUGAUAGUGCCAUCCCUUCCAUCUGGACAAGUAGGGACUGUUUCAGUUGAGUUUGUAGCUCCCAACAUAGAAGGAACUUACACUUCUCACUGGAGACUGUCACACCGAGGGGAGCAGUUUGGGCCAAGGAUCUGGUGCAGUAUUGUUGUGGAUCCCUCUCCAGCUGCUGACUACGUGGAAAGUGAUUGGAAGGAUUCUGACUCCUGUCAGAAGAGUAAAGCUUCCAGAAGCAAACAGGAUGCUUCCUUAGAGACAGAAACAGGUGCUCGACUGAUAGGUGAAAUUGCAGAGCAGGCUGAAAUAUCUCUGCCAGCUGUUCCUUUAAAGAUCAAAAAUCUGCCAAGUGAGAGAGAAUUUUAUAUCCCAUCUGUUGAUCUCCUCACUGCACAGGAUUUGCUGUCCUUUGAGCUCUUGGACAUUAAUAUUGUGCAGGAAUUGGAGCGAGUGCCACACAAUACUCCUGUUGACAUGACUCCAUGCAUGUCCCCUUUGCCACGUGACAGCCCCUUGCUGGAGAAACCUGGCUUAGGUCAGAUAGAGGAGGAGAACGAGGGCAGUGGAUUUAAACUAGUGCCUGGAAUGGCAGAAGCCUGCCUUUCUGUGGACUCUUCUGUGGUGAAGGUGAAAGCUGAGCAUGCAUUGAACCAGGAGGAAGGGGAAGAAGAUAUGAGUGGGACUCAGUUUGUCUGUGAGACUGUAAUUCGAUCUCUCACCCUGGAUGCUGCACCUGACCACAAGCCCCCACAAAAGAACCCCAAAAUCCUCCAGAACUCUUUACACACACUGCAAGACACCUUCAGCUGCAGUACAAUAACUGAAGAAUCUCCUAUGGUAAAUAGUAAUUCCACUUCCAAAAAGGAGGCAAAGAUUCAUCAAUCAAAACCAGUGACAGAAAAUUCAUGUGGGGACCUUCCACUCUCUGAUGAGAGCACAAGCCCCUGUAGUGGUGCUGGCAAUGGUGAUGGAGAGGAAGAUGAUAAAGAUGAUGUUCAGAGUCAGUGCUCCUCUGCUUCCUCAGAGGACUAUAUCAUUAUCCUCCCCGAGUGCUUCGACACCAGUCGGCCCUUGGGUGACUCCAUGUAUAGUUCAGCUCUUUCUCAGCCUGGUUUAGAAAAGGCAGGAGAACCUGAAACAGGAGCAGAGAACCCAGAAGGGGGAAGCCAGCCACAGAUCCAGAGGGACACUGAUACCCUGACAACUUCCCAAGCACUGGCUGCAGUGCCCUUGACCCCAGCGCCUGUGGACAGCCCACCCCAGGCACAAAGGAAUCUUUCAUCUCUUCAGAAUUCUGUCUUCCAAGAACCAAACACACCAGCUUCAGAGCAUAUCUCUUCUGCUCCUCAUGAUCAAAUACCAAGAGAAGAACCCAGUGGUGAAGAUAAUCAUGGGCCAGGAUCUUCUGCAUUUCUCACUAAGUUCUCAGAAUACCCGAGGUACCCUCAAGGCAGCAGCAUUGCAGGAGAGCUUGUGAAAGGAGCUUUGUCAGUUGCUGCUUCUGCCUACAAAGCAUUAUUUGCUGGGCCACCCAUUAUUGAACAGCAGCCUGCAGCUCCAGAAGAGCAGACUGCCACUCUGCUGUCCAGUCUGUGUGAGAUGGGAUUCUGUGACAGGCAGUUAAACUUGAGGCUGCUGAAGAAGCACAACAAUAACAUGAUUGAAGUGGUAACUGAACUGCUUCAGAUCAGUAACAGAGACUGGUACAGUAGGUGCUAAACCUGCCUGGUGGAGAGAGGAAUAAUCUUCAUUGAGUAAACUCUAAUUAAAGAUUGCAAGAGCAGCAGGCUGCUCCUCAGCUGCUCUCUGUUUGGAGGUUUGGACUUAAGACUUCAGCUUUUCUUUGAGCAUUUGACUUCUUUUUCUUUUUACCCUCAUGGAAAUGUCAGACAACUCUUGUGGCAUCUCUUGAAAUGGAUACCAGAAUUUCAGUUAUUGUUUAGACCUCAUAGUUAAAUGAGUAGUCUUUGAAUCUCUAAUUUCAGAUGAAAUCCUUUUACCAGGGAAUCAUGUAGAACUAAACUUUGUAUCCAGAUGAGAACUUCCCAUUUUAUUGUGUAUAUACUUUUUUUUUAGGCAGCUGGAAAUUUUUUUGUUGGCUUAAUUAGCUUUGGAAUAGAAACCAGUAUAAAAUGCUGCUGUAAAAUGUAGUCCUGCUUAAUUUACAAGAGAUGCCUGAAAUUAGGAGUUUCUUUGUUUCUUCUGAGGAUUUAGUAAUUGAUUUUCCAAUGUGUGAUAGUGAAGUGACAAAUUUAAAUCUUACAAAUUAUUCUAAGAAAAAGAAGUUGCUCAUAAAAGAAAGCCAUCUUGAAUUUAGACUUUUGCAAAGUCUGCAAGUGUAACUGCAGUUCAGCUGAUGAAUACCAGUGAAGCUGUUGUUUGUUGUAGCAGAAUGAAACAGGAAAAUGACCACCAGCAAUUGAAGCAGUAAUGAUAGUGCACACCAGAUCUCUAACACUAGAAGUAUAAACUACAUAAAAUAUUUUGUUAAAAAUGGAGUGUAAAGGUGGGAAAGGCUUUUCUAGGAUUCUUUACAGGCUCUUUGUAAAAAUAUUAAAAAUUUGACCGUUACCUUUUUUCACUGCAGUGCAAACAUUUUACUCUGUUAAUACCACAUAAAAAAAUGCAAGAAUGUGUAGGAACCCAGACGUGAACUGGAGUACAAAUUUUGUAAUGUUUAGGAACAGAAAGAAUGCUUGGAGCAGGGAUCACAUAACUUUACAUGAGAGUUUAAAAAUGCAUUAACUUAAGCACUUUCAAAUGUACAGUCUCCUCUGAUGGUUUUAGCUGGUCCUGUGUUUCCAUAGCCACGUCUGUAGAAUUCAUUUUUCUCGGAAGAUUUUUAGAUGCCCAUAUUUAAUUUGGAAAUAUAAGAAUUCCUGUCUAAAUAUGCUGAGAGAUUUGAUUCUGAAGAAUGACAGAAAUGAGCACCAGACACUGCUGUGCAGUGGGGUAUCCAGCUAACUCCUCAGAGUUCAGUCCCUCAGCAGGUGACAGUGUUGGCUACGUUCCUACUUUCAAAUAAACAUGUUUUCCUUGCUGCAGUAAGAGACCAUUGAUUCUAAAAUAUUUUAUAUUACUCCUGCUUCAAACUAGUAUUGUGUUUUGUCACAGUUAUAGCUGAAGCAGUGUCAGUAUUGUGCUGGCCAGGUUAUCAGUAAUUUUUUAAAAGACUUUAGUACCCAUAGAGAUAAAAUACCAUUAAAAUAGUCCAAGAAAACAAAUGUAUCAUACCACUUUCGUUUUAAACCUAUUUUUAUAGAUUGUGGAAGAUAUACUCUUAAAUGCUUAUUUUGAAAUACAGUAGAAGUUUUUUGCAGUGUUUCCCAUCUCUCUGUACACCAGUACAACUGUGUGCUGUGGACCAGGUAAAGAUCCUUCUGUGACUUUCCACCUUAACUUGGGUGUGUUGUUUUGAGUAUCUUUUGACUAAUGCCAGCUCUAGGACAAGGAGGAGGAAGGAGAGGGUGAAAUGCAGAAGCUGAUGACACUUUGAAGCAUAGUGUGGUUUUAUUUGCUCGGGUCUGUCAGGCCCAGCAGGACCCAUGUUUGCCAUGUGUACCUUUGUACUUGGAAUGUUCAUGUGUUCUAUAAACGACAAAACUAAAGCAUUUGAGGAGGAACACUUCAUUGAGGAUUGAAGUGGCAGGUGUGAGAUGUCCUUCUCUUUAGGUUCCUUUUUACUAGAGUUUAGAUGCUGUAUGCUCAGGCUUAAGAUAGAUCUAUUUCUGUUGGCUUUGUAUAUUUUGUUAAUGGAUGCAUGAUAUAAUUUAUAAUAUAUUCUAUAGAGCACAUGUG